UUGUUUGUAGAAUAACUGAGUUUAAUUUUGUAGAAAAUUUAUUUUUUCUUGAUGAAAUACAAAUUGCGAUGGGAAUAUUAUGAAAAUACAUAUUUAUUAAACAAAAUUUGAAACAUGAUAUUUCCAGAUGGUUAAGCAAGUGCUUUUUUCGUGUAUACUUUUAAUCAUUAUUGUUUUAAUUAUGUAGUUCAUUUAAAGAUAAAAGAGUCACGAUCACAUUUCUUUUAUUACGUUAAUAAAUAGUUGUACAUAUUUUCGGUGCACUGUUUUACUCUGUGAAUAAAGGGCUAAGAGAGUUUUGUGCAACGCAAGCGUACGAAAAACUGGGAACUUCUAAAUUCUGAUUUUUGUUUUACUUGGAAAUUACAUAAGCUGUUCCUGGAGCAUUUACUAGAACAUGAUGAUUGCGGAUAAUGUGAAAGUCGUAGUGUUUGUUAUUCUGGGACUUGUUAUAGGCGAAACAUUUGGAUUAUAUUUAACAAAGAAAAAGCCAAAUAGUUUAAGUGCAAUUUUUCAUGAGAAAAACCUGUCAAGUCGAAAGAAAAGGGACAAUCGUUCAGAUUAUCCGUCUGUUCACCAUUAUGCCAGACAUGCACUGUGUCGAACAUACAAGGGUAAACAACAUUUAUACAAAGCAAUGAAGAAAAAGAUAUGUGGAAUGACAUUGUCCUUCAUAGCAAGUUUGGUGAUUGAUCUUUGUCGUCAUAAAAACGCGAUGCUAGAUACCUGGGUAGCCGGACUGUUUGAUGUUGAUGGUGACGGGCAGAUAACUCAUUUUGAGCGUAAUGUGUAUAGCUGAGAGAAAAUUCACAACCGCAAAUUCAUUAGGAGGUUUUUGUGCAGGAGUAAAACUCAUGAAGCCAUAGGACAUGAAUGUGAUGUAAUUUAUCGUAUGGUACGCAAAUGGAAAAUGUCUCUGAUUGCAGUGAUUCAAACCAAGUCUCCUGAAAUUUACUGCAUAGACAGAAUUCUUUGCAUUACAUUCUUUAUGAUAUUCAGUAUUAUUACUUUUGUAGAUCUAAAAGCAAAAUGUAUGCUCCAAGUUUAAAAUAACUUAUCAUUGUAGUAAAUGCUAUAAACAAUAACAUUUGCAUUGUUCGCAACAUUUUAAAUGUUAUGGUGCAAUCUAUGAUUGUGAUAUAAAAAUGCAAUAGUCAUUUCAUCAUUUUAUAGUUUCAUGGAAUAUUGUUAUUAAUAUCAUUUUUAUUUAUUUGUAAAUAUUUGUUAUAUGCCAGUUGGUUGUCAUGGUAAUUCAUAACUCAUUGUAUAACCAAAACUCUACCUCUAUGAUGCAGUAUUACAUGUAUAUUGAAAUGAUUUACAUUCCGUCCAAUUAUGUUAUAUUUUGCAAUACAAAAAUAAA